AACGUGUGUGUGAGAGAGACGGGGGGAGAAUGAGGAAGUGAACUUUGACCCUGCCUCUCACACUGGUUGGAUCUUACAGUCACAUUCUGGCUCUGCUGUUUAACUGAUCUGGAGCCUGAACAGAAACAAGACCAGGACCAGGACCAGGACCAGGAUGAAGCUGGAUCUGAAGGUCCAGCUGCUGAAGUUCUGCUCACUUCUACUCAACUUCCUCCUACUGGCUCUGGGCCUGAGUGUGACGGGCUGUGGUGCAUGGAUUCUCUUUGACAGAGGGAACUUCCUGUCACACCUGUCGUCAGAGGAGUUGUCUGCCGUGGCGUUCAGCCUCCUGACAGUUGGUUGUGUGGUGAUAGCCGUUAGCAUCCUUGGAUGUGUUGGAACAACGACAGAACACAGGCUCCUCCUACUGGUAUACCUGGGCUUCUUCAUUGUCUUGAUCUUGGGUCAGCUGUUUGUCACACUGCUGCUGCUCAUCAACAGAAACAAGAUAGAGGACAGUGUGGACACAGCUCUGGACGUCCUCAUCCUUCACUUUGGAAACAGCAGCAGUUCUGAUGACGUUCUGAUCAAUAACCUGCAGAUUCAUAGGCGGUGCUGUGGCAGGACUGGACGCUCUGAUUGGCUGAAGAACACUUUCAUCAAGAGCUUGAACCUGAGUGAACCUCAUGUUCUUCCAUGUUCCUGUUUCAACUCCUUUCAAAGCAGCACUGACUCCAUCUGGUGCUUAGAGAACCUGAACCUGGACGUCCCACAGAACCUGGACGUCCCACAGAACCUGACAGCCACAGAGACACCUGUGUUCGGGAAAGGAAACAGUUCAUAUGAACAGGGCUGUAAACAGGCGCUCAGUGAUUGGCUGCAGGAAAACGUUCUGACCAUUGUCGCCAUGGACAUCAGCCUCAUGGUUCUUCAGGUCGUCCAGGUGGCAGUUGUCGUGUCUCUGUACCAAACGUUGGGAAGAAAAACCUCUUUGAAAGAAGCCAAUCAGCUUAUUGAUCCUGACCCCACCCCUUCUGAGGAUGAUCAGAUGAUUGACGAUCAAAAUCAAUCAUCGGUUAUUCAGUGUACCAAUCUGCAAUAAAUAACAGUAUAAAUCUACCACAGCGCCCCCUGGUGUUCACACAGAGCAUUACAUCCAAUCAUUCAUAAACAUCUGUGAUUUAGUUUUAUAGAUAUCAUCAUGCACUUGUUUUAUAUAUGUGUAGUUCUUCCAUGAUCAUGUGAUGUCAUCACUGUGAUGUCAUCACAAAGACUUCAGAUGAUGUUGUUGUGACUCUACAAAUAAAACUGAAUUGAAUUUUAA